AUGGCGAAUAUCACCAAUUUGAAUAAGCCGAAAGACGCAUUCGAGCAGCUUGAAGACGAGCACGGUGCGCGUCAGGGCUUCUGCCACAUUCGAAUUCAGCAACGUACCGGAAGGAAGACUAUCACAACUGUUCAGGGUGUUGGUACCGAGUACGAUUUGAAGAGAAUCGUCAGAUUUCUAAAGAAGAGCUGGUUUGUACCGGACGAGGUGUAUCAGUCGUCUGAAGUAGCCCAUCGGGCUGUUUACGGCACUGGACACUUGAGCUGGGAGUGGAAAUAUGGCCUACGUUCUCCACUUCAUCCUGCAAUUUUUGCUAUCAUUUUCAAAUUGCUUCAGAAAUUUGGUUUCGAUUCUCAAAAUGUUAUUGUGAACGCACCUCGCAUAUUUCAUGCCGUAUUGUUUUCAUUGGGUGAUAUUUCUUUUUACAAAUUAUCGCGUCGAUUGUUACUUACAAAAGAUGCUUCCUUCUUUGCGUUCCUGGCUUACCUUUCGUCGUGGUUCGUCAUAUAUUGUGCUCCUCGUACUCUUUCCAAUUCACUGGAAACUUCACUUACUCUGAUAGGGCUUUUGUGGUAUCCAUUUGAAAACAAGCACCUUCGUGAUGUGGUAUGGCCGUAUGUAUUCAUUGGCACCCUGACUAUCAUUAUGCGGCCUACGGCAGCUUUAAUUUGGGUAGUUUUUGGACUUUACCAUCUUUGGCGACAUCCCAGGCCGAUCCGUCUCCUUCUGUGUACCGUAAUUCCGGCUGCAGUUCCCUUACUUCUGCUUUCGGCUGCUUUUGACUCUUUAUGUUAUGGGCGACCAACCUCCACAUUGUGGAAUUUCCUUCUUUUUAAUGUACUUCAAGGUGGUAGCGCUAAUUUUGGUGUUCAUCCGUGGUUUUGGUAUUUGACUGAAGGGCUGACCUCUGUUCUCACAGUGCAGUUGAUUCCUAUUGCGCUUGGCCUUUUCAGCCCAUUUCGACCAACACUGCUGCCCUUCAUGGCUUCUGCUUUUUACAUUGUUUUCCAUUCAUUCCUGCCUCACAAAGAGCAGCGGUUCCUUUUACCGGUAAUUCCUCUUCUUUGUCUCUAUGCAGGCCCAUUUUUUGCCUUCAGAAGGUCCAAGGCCAGGCACUUCCUGCUUUUCUUAAUGAUAAUUUUAAAUGCCGGACUUGCUCUCUAUUGCGGCCUCCGCCAUCAGGUUGGCCCUUAUAAUGCGUCUGAUGCUGUGCUGUCAAUGAGUCGAAAAGGAGCGAACGUCUCCGUGGCGGCCCUUAUGCCAUGCUACUCCAUUCCUGGACAGAGCUAUUUCCACAACGAGAUCCACUCUAUUCGGAUGUUGGACUGCACCCCUGAUGUUGGCGUUGAACGUGGAAGCAACGAGGCGGAUCAAUUCCACGAAGAUCCAGAAAUGUGGCUAGAUCGUCAUUGGGACGAAAUCCGAUCGUAUUCUCAUAUUCUUAUGUAUGAAAAGAUGUUUAUGCGCCUGGUACCGACUAUGACUCUUCUUCGGUAUGCAGUAUGCGAUCGAGUUUUUCAUGCUGAUUUCCUUUGUUCCGAUAGGGAGGACCACUAUAUCAAAUACAGUUGUAAUGGAACAAUCGUUGAACAUCCUGAGUAUGGAGAGAAAUACAGUUGUAAUGGAACAAUCGUUGAACAUCCUGAGUAUGGAGAGGUAAUGCAGCUGAGUGGAGACCAAAGACAACAAAUUAAAGAUUUUCUUGUCAAUGUUGGCAUUGUGAAGGAGGAAAACUGUAAAGUCCAUGGUUUCUGA